AUGGAGCAGGCGAUGAGCAGAUGGACGAUCUCUGUCUGUUGUCCGAUGACCAUCGCUGAGUUAGUAGAUACCGCGGUAUCUCCGGGUGGGGUAGUCGGUGCUAAUUCGGGCUCAAACCCCGACUCCGAGACUCCCAAAACAUCCAAUCAGGCUGAGCACAUUCCCGCGGGUAAGCACGACAUCGGUUAG